UGGAAGAGAGGCCGACUUUGCGGACACAGGCAUCCGUGAUGAAGUUGCCGGUGGCACCAAUGUCGAGAAGGGCCCGGAACUUCACCGUCGAUGCUCCAAAGGAGACGGCGACGAACUUGAGCUGGAACUGGGCGGUCCCAGCACAAGCGGAGGAGAUCAUGGCGUUGAGGCGACGCUGCUCGAGGCCUAAUCUAACAAGCCGAGUGUGUCGGUCUUGUUCCUCAACGAGAUCGGAGAAAGUGAUGGUGGGGAGGUUGGGGAGGAGGGAACUGGAACAUGUGGCCGUGGGGUGCUCAGCCGAUGGAAUAGAGGACGUCGUCGGGAGGAGGGCAGGCGGAGUAGACUGCGACGCCUGGGGGGUGUCCGGUGUGAGAGUCGUCGCCGACAAACGAAUUGUUGAUGCCAGGACAUGGCUACAAGGGGCGGGGGGACAGUGUUCAAGUGGAGGAGGGCCCAGAGGCCGUGGUGGAGGAGGAGGGAGUGGAUGUGGGAGGGCUGGAUCCGGUGGGGCGGGAAGGCUGGUGGGUGGAGUGGCCGGCCUUGGGGCAAUUGGUUUGCUGAUGCCCCAGCUGGCGGCAACGGAAACAACCGCCGUUGGCAUGGAGGAAGGCGCGUUCGACGGGGCGGAGGUGAGGAAGGCGAUCAUGGUGAAGAAGGCGGGUAAGGAGAUCGGUGAGAGGGAGCUCGGGCUCAUGGGCGAGGGCUGCGGCGAGGUGGGGGAAGCAUACCCGCUUGAUGCGGGAGAUGAAGACGUAGUCGGGAAUGAGAGUCGACGGGAUGUGGAGGCGGAGGGAGCGAACGUAAUGGAUGMGGCGAGUGGUGGCGCCUUGGAGGCGGGAGGUUGCGGUGGGGAGCCAAUGAGCGAGGGGCAUGUUGUGGAGGUCGAAAGCAUUUUGGAUUUGGGAGAGGAGGAUGUCCUCGUGGGGGAGGCCGGAGAACGUCGCGAUAUCGGUGGCGCGGAAGGAGCGGGGAAUGUCCCCGUUGCGGGGGACGAUGCAAGCGAGGUUGUUGAAGUUGCGGUCGUCAGGAGAGGUGUCGUAGCAGGUGUGAUCCUGACUGCGGUCACCAAGGAGGUAGCAAGGAGGAUGUUGGGGUAUGGUGGGGUAAACGCCCAAAAGGACUUGGGAUGGAUAUCCUCGACGGAAUCCAUUCAGAGCGAGCCCAUGUUGAUGCUUGAGGUGCCUUCGGCCAUGGGGAGGGACGAAGGUGGGGCAGAGGGAGAAGAUGGAGUGGAGGGGACAACGGAGGUGACAACAGCGGCAGAGGUGGCAGCAGCGGCGGAGGUGGCAGCAGCGGCGUCGGCAGCGGCGCGUUGGGAGGGCGGCGCAGCAACGAGCACGACGGGCUCGGCGACGAUGACGUGGCGCGUCGGCAACGAUCACGACAAUGAUGAUGAUGAUGACGUGGCAAGGCAACGUCGGUCUUCGAUGAUGACGAUGAUGACGAUGAUGAUGUGGCACAAUGGCGGCGAUCUCGACGAUGGCGAUGACGAAGUAGGGUGGGUUGGGCGGGUCGAACCGCUCCGAUACCAGUGUAACGAGCGCGAGGCUGCGGGAGACAGGGAGAGCUGAGGGAGAGGAGAGGGAGAGAGAGAGAGAGAGCACAUACACACACACUCACUCACUCGACACGACUGAGGGUCGGACGCAGACACAAUGGCAAGGACACAAAG